AUGCAGGCCAAAACUAAGGCGGAUACAAAUCCUUCAAAUGUGGAAACUCAGCAACAGGUCAAGCACGAAGACUCAAUGUUCGUAGCUCUGGCUAGUUUGAAAGCAACAGAGGCGGGCGAUCUCAGUAUAUCUGAAGGAGAGAAGCUGGAUAUUAUACAAACCAGGUCUAAAUUCUCACCACUGCAUAUUUGCACAUCUACCGGCAGUUUGAAACAAGCCACUUUCCAGGGCAGAUGGCUGGUGGACGGCAAAAAACGAGAAUGGUGA